AUAGCUUUGAGGAAAGGAAGGAGGGAAAAACACCUCGUUCAGUUUUGAAAAUUAAACUAUAAAGUCAGUUGAGUUCUGGACGCUGAACAAGAUAGACACAUCGGGGUGUCAAAAACGGGAUCAAGAGUUCGGACAGAUAGUCAGCGCAUUCGUCGAAAGUGUCGUGAUAAAUGUCUAGGAUACCUGUGAAUGUGCAAGAAUAUAAGAAGAAAUACUCCUAUGCCAUGAGAAAAUACCCUAUAUUUGAAUAUUUGUGUGAAGAGUGAUUAGAAAACGAGAGUUCUUGUAUUGAUUGAUUUUAUCAGUUCGUCAACCAUUCGGUACAAUGAAGCAAUUAAAUAAAAUCUCGCAUAAUAUUACAGUGAUUACGGUUGUGAUCUGUGCAAUACUGCACCAGUGCAACACUGCACCUCACUUUCAGCAUGCCCAACCGCCGCCACUGUUCGAAAGUGACUCCCUUUGGAUGAAUCCUUGCAGCAUGGCCAGCUAUAACAAUUCGUUUACGCGGAAUUUUACCAAAUACCAGCGGGCUGAAAAUCUUGAACGGAUAAAAAAUGCCAUUUUUCGAACAAGGCAAGAAAUCGAGCACAUUACUAUUGAAUCCGGAGAAAACACCGACUGGAACUCCAAGGCGGAAAAGUACACAUUUCUAGAGCCGUACAAAAAGAAUCAAACUACUUGGGAGCCUCGGUUGCAAGUGUACUUAGCUUCGAUCCAGGUAAUUUAUCUGAAACAAGUUGAUUUGGAUAACUUAAAAAAUGAAGAUGGCAAAGCCGGGAAAAAGCUCGAGGAGUUACGCAAACAGGCAAAACAAUUGCUGUGCGAUAUUCAAGAGUAUCGAAACAUCUCAAAAUCUCAUGAACAAAAAAAGGAAAACACAGGAUACACGAAAGAGCAAAUGAACUCUUUGAUCAAAUUUGAUGUGACGGAAGACUCCGACAUGGAUUUGCACAAAUGGUUCUUAAAAUGUCGCUUCCGUUGUUUCUUAAAUGCUAUGGAGACGCACGUAGAUAUACUGUACAACAGGACGAUAUCCAAGACAACGAGGAAAGUUCGCACCACGAAGAUGCCCAAAAAGAAGCCGCGAAAGGGCAAAAAGAACGGGAAACUCCUUAGGAAUAAAUGCUGCAUUGUAAAUAAUAAACCCAGCAGUCCGGCCACGCCCAAACCACCGAUGGAUCGCACACACAACAAUAAAAAGAAACAUAACGAAAGAAAACAGUCAAAAAAUAUCGACCAAAAUCAGAAGAAAGUACAACGCAAAGGCAAUAAAAAGGCAGCUCACAAAAUUCAAAUGUAAGUUCUCUUGCCAUAGAACCAUCACCCGAAUCUGAAAUCGUGUGAAUUAUGCCAGGAAGCAUAACAAACUUGACAAAUGAACCUAAUGUUAACGAAAAAGACAUUGUGUUAAGUAAUGUGCAUUCAUAAGAAAAUUGCCAAAAAUAUUUUUCAAGGUAGAUUCGAUAAUAAAAAAAUUAAGCAGGCUCUGGUAGUUAAUCAGUAUACAUGCUAAAAAAUAUUGAUAAAUAAGUGAGACAAAUCAACUAGAAGCAUCCAAGAAAUUUUCAAAAACUAUUUUUGUCCAAAAUUCCGAACCAUCUACUCCACUCAACUACUCAGAGGCCAAUUGUGAAUAAUAAACAAAAUUAGUAUUGUUAAGGAAACAGACUUGAUAGAAAACAAAUCAACUACUGACAAUUCUUUACAUAUUCAGAAUUAAAUUUUAUAUUGGCUGCAAUAAAAAUCCAUUGAAAGUAGGUCAGUUCACAGCAUCAAUAUUAUGUCAUGGCAUUAAUAACUAUUAAAUUCUACAAAUGACUUAUAAUUUGUAACCACUGCAUCUUCUGUUAGUCAUGAUCUCGAUUGGCAAACUCACAACAUACUUACCGAGAACUCUGUGCUGCAAGUGUUAUGCUGAACUUUUAACAUUGUUUAAAUGAAUAGCAGGAACCAUCCUGAUAUUUAAAUCUUUUUAAAGAAAUACAAUGAUCUGAGGAACAUUAUCAUUUCAUCAAAACGUCACAGAUUAAUUCCAUAAAUAUACAUGAAUUUACUGAGUGUCGGUAAUUGAUCAUGUUCGUUCAAAGCAGUAUGAUAUAGCUAAUAUAAGAAGGACUGACUAAUAUAUUUUCAUAAUUUAUUUUUAAAUUGCUAAUGACUUUCUAUGCUGUGAUAUCGGUAAAAAUGUACAUAAAGUAGAAUACAACAAAUAGGCUUAAAACACACCAAAAAUACUAGGAUGAAUACUCUGUGUGGUUAUUCAAAUGAAGCAGUAUUAGUAAUAUCAGUCAACCUGUACCACAUCCGUGUCAAAUAAUUGUACAAAAGACAAAACUUAUUUAUUUAGCUAUAAAUUGCUAGUAGAAGCAUAACAGUUAAGCAAAAAGUUCCUGAGUAUUAUAAGAAAAAAAAAAUACAAACGUUUAGGGAAUAAGAAUGUCAUCGUCAGGCAUCGCAGCUUCAUUGCAGAAUGGAAACAGGUGCCUUAAACUAUUGUUGAACAUUAUUGUUGCAUGUAAAAAUCCCUCUAACAGCAUUAUUUUAGUCAAGGAUAAGUAAUCUGCCUUCCAGUGUUAAUUUAUUACCUUUUCAUGUCUUAAUUUAUUACAUUCUCAUGUCAGUAUUCACAUCGAAGUACUCUACAUAUGUUAAUUAAACAGAAAUAGCAAUUAUGACAAUACAGUCCAAUUUUAAA